UCAGAGAGCCACACGAGCUCGAAGAGGAGGGAAAACAGAGAAGAGGAGCCCGGAGCGGAUGUUCGACUCUCUCCGGCGGAGACAGGGAGAGCCUUCAGCGGUUUCAUGAUUUAAAAAGUUACUCAGAGAGAAGUUUCAAUUAAGGAUUCUUUUCCAGUUCAGUUUGGGAACUUCUCGGCGCAGGAAAGAUGACUGUGACUUAACUGUUACGAUCGAGUUACUCUUCAAGCCCCGAUGAAGACUCUCUAACCCGGGCUGAUAACACUCGGUGGUCGCGGAGCUGAAGCCCACCGGACAGGGAGGGGAUCCGUGAACCCCCAGCGGCUCGCCGGGAUGGUGCGCCUGCUGAGCUGCCUGCUGCUGGGAUAUCUGACCUGGAAUCUGCGGAUAUCGGACGCGCAGGGGGAGUACUGCCACGGCUGGCUGGACGCUAAUGGGAAUUAUCACGAUGGUUUCCAGUGUCCGGAGGACUUUGACACCACGGAUGCCACCGUGUGCUGCGGCUCCUGCGCGCUGCGAUACUGCUGCGCCGCCGCGGACGCACGACUGGACCAGGGCAGCUGCACCAACGACCGCGAGGUGGACAAUACUGAGUAUGCAGCACAGCCUGUCUACGUGCCUUUCCUCAUGGUGGGCAGCAUCUUCGUUGCCUUCGUCGUCGUCGGCUCUCUGGUCGCCGUCUACUGCUGCACCUGCCUGCGACCCAAGCAGCCGACCCAGCAGCCCAUCCGCUUCUCCCUGCGCAGCUGCCAGGGCGAAACCAUCCCUAUGAUCCUCACACCGGCUCCUCCGAGCCUCCGCGCCCCAUCAAGGCAGUCCAGCACGGCCACCACCAGCUCCAGCUCGGCCGGCGGGGGCAGCUCCAUGCGGAGGUUCUCUCUUGGCGGUCAGCAGCAGCAGCAUGGCUGCCUGGUGUCUGCCACCGUCUCCUCCUCGGCCUCCACCCCCACCCAGACCCCUCAGACUCUUCCUCCACCUCCACCUCCUCUUUACACACCCCCACCCAUGUCAGGAGGCAUGCAGCACCCCUCUACCCACACCCAGCUGCAGCUCCAUCAGCCCUCUCACCCCUCUCAGAGCGCUGGGUUCCUCCUCCCGCAGCAGUACUUCUUCCCCCUGCAGCCCGACGCCUUCACAGCCACCAAGGGCUUCGCUGACUUUGGACAGAGCUGACAGGGCUCCCAGCAGAGGACACACAGGGAUUACAACAUCUCUGGAUAGUGUGCACACUGCAGCACAGCUGGUGGUGUUUGGGUGGAGGUCCUGGGCCUGCUGAAAGGACACAGAGAGCAUGACAAAGCUGCCUUUGCCUGAGGCGUUUCCUCCUCUGCAUCACAGGACACAAACAGCGCUGUAAGAGGCAGACGGCUGGCAAUCUUGUGCACUUUUAUCUUAUAAACAGACCUCACUGGCUCCUAUUCCUUUUGGUGCACGCUGUUUUAGAAGGUGGUGGACUAAAAUUUAUGAAACACCUUCUGUGAAACAGAAAAAUCUACAGAAGCAGACACUUGUGAUUAAAGCAUUUGGCUGAAAAAAUACUGGAAACCAGGGAAAAUGAGUUUUUGUGACAAUCUGAAGUGCCUCCGAUGCAUAAAGGACAUCUUAUUUUGGCGGGGAACAUGGACUCUCAUGAGAUGUUGUACAGACGUUAUAACUUGAGUGAGGUUAUCAUAUUGAUCUCUUAAUUUACAGCUAAUAAAAACAUCUUUCAGUA